AUGGCCAUGAAAUAUUCUCGAGUUAGGAAAUGGACUGUUGGAAUGUCAGGUGGUAAAGAACUUAUAGCAAUUAUUCGAGCAUCAGGGAGUAUUAGUCGUGUAGAGAGUCAAUUAAGUGUGUCUAGCUCAGGCAUCAUUGCAGAGAAGUUUAUUGAAAAGAUUCGUACUAUCAGAGAUUCAAAAAAAUUUAAGGCGGCCAUCAUUAGAAUUGACAGUCCUGGAGGUGAUGCUCUUGCUUCUGAUUUGAUGUGGAGAGAAAUCCGGCUUUUGGCUGCUAAAAAACCAGUCAUUGCUUCAAUGUCUGAUGUGGCAGCAAGCGGAGGGUACUACAUGGCAAUGGGAGCUGAUGCUAUUGUUGCAGAAAGCCUUACGUUAACUGGUUCAAUUGGAGUGGUCACAGGAAAAUUUAACCUGGGGAAACUGUAUGAGAAGAUUGGCUUUAAUAAAGAAAUUAUAUCAAGGGGAAGAUAUGCUGAGCUCCUUGCUGCUGAACAACGUCCUUUCAGACCAGAUGAAGCAGAGUUAUUUGCCAAAUCUGCUAGGCAUGCUUAUAAACAAUUCCGGGACAAGGCAGCUUUGUCCAGAUCAAUGACUGUAGAAAAGAUGGAGGAGGUUGCACAGGGAAGGGUUUGGACUGGUAACGAUGCAGCUUCGAAUGGUUUAGUUGAUGCUAUUGGCGGGCUUUCUCGAGCUAUUGCCAUAGCAAAAAUGAAGGCCAAUAUACCUCAAGACAGUCAGGUUACACUAGUAGAGAUCUCCAGACCCAGCCCAACUAUACCCGAGAUUUUGUUAGGUGUAGGGAGUUCCCUCGCUGGAGCUGACAGAGCAGUGAAGGAACUGCUACAGGGCUUGACAUUUUCUGAUGGGGUUCAAGCCCGGAUGGAUGGAAUCAUGUUUCAGACAUUAGAAGAAUAUCCUUUUGGUAAUCCCAUUUUGUCAAUAAUAAAGGAUUACCUCAGUUCCCUUUAG